AUGGCCUCAGUGGGUCCCCCUGCAGCCUCCACACAACCCGCCUUGCCCUCCGGACCCGCUGUCUUCAAAACCAUCCCCUACGCGUUCAUCCUGCCAGAGAUACUCUGUGGGACCUGGGUGUGGAUCCUCGUCGCUGCUACCUCCGUCUCCUUCCCGUUGCUGCAGGGAUGGGUGAUGUACGUGUCCCUCAGCUCCUGCCUCAUCUCCCUGCUGCUCCUCUUAAGCUACAUCUUCGGCUUUCACAAAAACAGCGAGAACUGGAAAGUGCUGGACAGUCUGUACCACGGCGCCACAGCCAUCCUGUACCUGAGCGCUGCUGUCUUGCAAGCCAACGCCACUAUCCGCUCUGAGUCCGGCCCCAACUCGCCGCUUUACUACCAGCUCAACAGCGCCGCAUCGUUCUUUGCCUUCAUCACGAGCUUCCUGUACAUCCUCCACGCCUUCAGCAUCUACUACCAGUGA